UCCAAGAGAAGGAGGAACGGAAGUGGGCUAGUAGAACCCAACCUUCCCAUCCAUCCUCCUCCGUCGACACGCCACACAACCAAACCAAACCAGACCGAAAGCAGAGCGAGGAGGCCCGGCCAAAAGGAGCGGGGCGCCUCCCUCAUAAGCGGAGGGGCGCGGCGCUAGCUGGCCGGCUCUCACGUUGCGGAAUUCGGAGGGCCCCCACCAGGAAUAGCCAGCCAGCCGUUCCCGGAGGGCGGAGGCGGAGGAGGGGAUGGGGAACGUGACGUCGUCGGUGGCGGCGCGGCUGGCCUUCUUCCCGCCGGAGCCGGCGACGUACGAGGUGGCGGCGGAGGAGGGCGGGCUGCGGAUGACGGGGGUGCUGCCCGACGCCAACGUCGACGUGCACGCGCUGCCCACCAGGGCCGGGACGCGCGUCGUCGCCGCCUUCUGGCGCUACCCCACCGCGCGCCUCACGCUGCUCUACUCCCACGGCAACGCCGCCGACCUCGGCCAGAUGCUCGGCCUCUUCAUGGAGCUCCGCUCCCACCUCCGCGUCAACAUCAUGUGCUAUGACUAUUCAGGAUAUGGGGCCUCUACAGGAAAACCAUCGGAGUAUAACACGUACUACGACAUAGAGGCUGUCUACGACUGUUUGAAAAAGGAGUAUGGGAUAGGGCAAGAGGAUCUGAUCCUGUAUGGGCAAUCAGUUGGAAGCGGACCGACGUUGCACUUGGCCUCACGUUUGGAGAAACUAAGAGGGGUCGUCCUUCACAGCGGUAUUCUGUCAGGCAUACGCGUUUUGUAUCCAGUGAAAGUGACACUUUGGUUUGAUAUCUUCAAGAACAUCGACAAAAUAAAGCAGGUCGAAUGUCCAGUGCUGGUUAUACAUGGCACGGCGGACGACAUCGUUGACUUCUCGCACGGCAAGCGCCUAUGGGAGCUAGCGAAGGAGAAGUACGAGCCGCUGUGGGUCAAAGGUGGUGGCCACUGCAACCUGGAGACGUACCCCGAGUACAUCCGGCACCUGCGGAAGUUCGUGAACGCGAUGGAGAAGCUGGCGAAGGAGCGAGCGACAAAGGCGCCGCAGGUACCGCCGUCGAGCAUGGGCGAAGUGAAACACAACAAGUGCUUGAGAUUUGGGAAGUGAUCGAUGAUCCUUGACCAUGUCAUCUCUCGCUAACUGUGUCGUUGCUCGCGUAUAGACACUGAUGAUCUGAUGGAGGAACGGAAGAAGCCAGUCGCGGCGGUGGUCUCCCCGUCGGGCUCCGAUGACAUGACACCGUGGGGGUGGGGGGAAGUGCAACGGCGUCGUCGCUUAUCGCCGGUCCGGUCGGGGUUCGGGAUUAGACAGGCUCCAUGGCUGGAAUGUGCUGGAGAUGACUGAAGAGAAACAGAAGCCUAGUGGAGGAAGCAUGCGGGAAAUCAUAUAUAGCCUGUUGUUGUUGGGUAGUGUUCAGUUGGGGCUCUCUCCUUUUUCUUUUUUAUUCAGCCUGUGUAUUAGUUGAUGUGCAAAGAAGUGUCCAUCACUCCUAAUUGAUUGCAAAGUGCAUUGUGUGCUGUCAGGCAGUGGCA